AUGCGCCACUCGCCGCGUCGCGAACGCGAACGUUCAUGGGACUCUUAUGAUAGGGACCACCCAAAUCACAUUGAAGCAGGGCGUGAUGCUGAUCGCGAUACCUAUCAUACGGAGAGUCGUCGUUCUGUGGCACCUCGUGCUCACGAUGACGACCGUGACGAUCAGUAUCGUCCUGUUUCCCCGGGUGUAUCUCGUCAUCCUUCUCCAUCACCUUUGGCUUCAAAUCACAUACAGGUCCGCCACACACCACCACCACCACCUUCUUCUCCACCUCCCGUCCCCACCCCUGAACGACCCAAAGAUGAUACCCUACCCCCUCACGCAGCUAUCUCGAUUGCAAUUCCUUUGAAACGGCCCCCAGCGCCUAGAGACACCCACUCUCCGUCGCCACUUCCGCUUCCGUCGGCUCAUGAAGAACCGGUGACGGAGAAGAAGGAUACCGCAGUUGACGCGACGCAACGAUUACCACCGGCGGAGCAUAAGCGGAAACGUGUCCCUGUGCAGCGUACGAGAAAGCAAGAGCAGGAGGCAUACGGUCACAUCUUUUUAGGUUGUGGCCAACAAAGUGACUACGACGCCACUGCGAAACUCGGCGAAGGUACUUUUGGAGAGGUCCACAAGGCAGUGCAUCACCUCACCGGGCGUCUGGUGGCCCUCAAACGUAUUCUUAUGCAUAACGAGAAGGAGGGCAUGCCUGUAACUGCCUUGCGCGAGAUCAAAAUUCUCAAGGCAAUGAACCAUUCAUGCAUCAUCGAAAUCCUGGAUAUGUUCGUCGUCCGUAGCAAUGGCAAGAACUCGCCCCUCUCUGUUUACAUGGUAUUUCCAUACAUGGACCACGACCUUGCUGGCCUAUUGGAGAACGAGCGAGUAAAGCUCCAACCCAGCCAUAUCAAAUUGUACAUGAAACAACUUUUGGAAGGAACGGAAUAUAUGCAUCGUAAUCACAUCCUACACCGAGACAUGAAAGCUGCCAAUCUUCUCAUCGAUAACAACGGCUCGCUCCGGAUAGCAGAUUUCGGUCUAGCGCGUGCGUAUGAUCCGAGCGUUAUCCAUGGAGUCAUGGAUCAGCGUGGGAGAGAAAAGAAGUAUACAAACUGUGUCGUGACAAGGUGGUACCGUCCUCCAGAACUACUCCUCGGUGCUCGACAGUAUGGUGGAGAAGUAGACAUCUGGGGCAUAGGAUGCGUUCUGGGAGAAAUGUUCAUGCGCAGGCCGAUUCUUCCUGGAUCGUCGGAUAUUGACCAAUUGGAGAAGAUUUGGCAGUUGUGUGGUACUCCGAAUCAGCAUACCUGGCCAAAUUAUGAUGCACUGCCAGGGUGCGAAGGCGUAAAGCGGUUCAAUCAGACUUAUUCCAAGAAGCUGAGAGCCGCGUAUGAAAGUAUCGGCCCUGAGACCUGCGACCUCCUGGAUAAGCUCCUCACAUGCAACCCAAGAGAUCGUAUCACUGCCUCACAAGCCCUUGACCAUGAUUAUUUCUGGACGGACCCACUUCCUGCUGACCCUAAAACUCUGCCGUCAUACGAAGCUUCCCACGAAUUUGAUAAGCGCGGGCGACGCAACCAGCCGCCACCAGGUAUUAUGCCUCCCGAUGGCUACUUCAGGCCCCACCCUUUGCCAAACCAGCCCCCCGGGUUCUAUUCUCGUGGACCUCCGCAUCGUGAUGCGUUCAGACCAGGUCCCCCACCGCCUGUCAUUGUGUCUGCUUUGUUGCAACAUCAAGGCGGUGGUCAACCUCCUGGUGGUCAGCAUCCGGGCGGUCAGCAUCCCAGUGGUCAGCAUCCUGGGCAUCCUGGUGGCCAACAUCCCGGCGGCCAGCACCCCCCUUUCGGACGUCCACCAGCCCACGGCGCUGGGUAUCCUCCCCGUGGGAUGCACCUGCCACGUCAAGCUCCGCGUACCAUGGACCAUCCUUCUCAUCUACCGCCACGACCCGUGGCUCCUAUGGGCUCUGGUCCACCAUCAUUCGGUGGUCGUGCCCCACGGCGGACGGGAGGAGGAAACGGGACUGGCGGGGGAGGUCUGCCAUAUUCAUAG